GAUACAUAUUGGCCAGUGAGGAAAGAAACAUCCUUGGGUAGUGAGGGGUAUUACGGUAUUUUGAUUCCACAUACGAUUACCUACAAAUUGUCCUAUGAAAAAAUAUCUUCUCUUUCACAGAAGGAAAAUGGUUGAGUAGACCUAUUAUAAAUUAGUUGCUCUUGUUCACCUAAUUUGUCAUCCAACAUUUCGGCUGCAUUUUGAAUCUUCAUCUUCUCACAAAAAAUCUUUACAAAUCUACUGGUGUGAGGCAAGCUUUCCAAUUAAAUCCAUUAUUUGAUUCAGAAGACAAAGAAGCUGCAAAUCAGUGCAUUUCAAUCUACGGCCCUUCAGAAAAACCUCUACAGAUUUGUUGGUGUGAGGCCAGCUUCCAAUUAUUUCAGAAAACAAGAAGCUGCAAAUCAUCCAAGCAAAUCGCUUAUUUCAGAAGGAAAGCCGACGAACAAAAGAAGGAAGUUGAAAAUCAGUAAGUUGUGUAAUUUUAUAAGCAUUUGUUUUGAUUAUCCAAGUAUUGUAAUAUAAAUGUGCAUGUUUACUUCCAUAUACUCAGUGUAGUUUCCUAGUUUAACACGUUUUGAUAUAGUUCACCCCUCGUUACAUGGAGUAAAUAUUCAUUGCAACGGUAAUAUUACUUCGUCAUUAGUGACACGUGGUAUCACCAACUAAUAAGAAUACAUCAUAUAAAUAUAAGUGAACUCAACUAUUCAAACGUGUUAGUUAGUCAACGUGGUAGUUAUUAACAAUUACUAAACAAUGGAAUACACCACAUACACAUGAUAUAUUAUCAUUGGUUGGUGAUACCGUGUAUCACUAAUGACGUGAUAUAACUGUUGCAAGGAAUAUUUUCUCCGUAGUGAGAAAUUUUGAAGAGCUAAUGACACUUUUUCCUUUUAAAUGUUCUAAAAUUUAAUUUGCACCCUUAAUGUUAAAUAAUCACGUAUUGACCCUUUAUUUUUCAAACUUGUAUGUAGCAACGUGCCCCAAUUAGUAAUUGAAUGACAUUUCCUUUUCCUCCAUAAAGAUAUAAAAAUAUGAUCUGUUUACUCCUGAAAGAUUUUAAAAUUGGACCUGUGUGGAAAAGCAAUGAGGUUUUACACUUGAACUUAAACUAUCAAAAGAGAUCUAUUGAAAUGGUUUUAAAAAGUUCAAGGGUCAAAUUGAAAUAACUAAAAGUUUAAAACAAUCCAAAAUUUAGAACAGACAUUAAUCAUUAAGAUAUUCAAAAUAAAUCACAAAGUUAAAGGUACAAUGUGAAAAACAUAUUAGUUAAAGAGACAAUCUGAAAAAAGUCAUGGUUAAGAGAGAGACCAACCUCGUGUGUUUGGACUUCUAGGCCUAUCAUGUCCCAUCUUGUGUAUUUACUAAAUGUUCAUUUGACAAAAGUGGCAUAGGCUUUCCACCUUGUUUUUUUCAAAAGAUGUCUAAUUAUUUUCAGUGUGGUUUCAUAUUGGUUUGAGAUUUUUUUAUGCGGCAUGUGAAGUAAAAUAUCUUUUGAAAUAUUCUUAGAUACUUGUUUGUCAUUCUACAUAAAUUGUGAAGGAAAAUCAGAUGUCUCAGUUGUCUAUUUGCAUCGCCGAAAAGCUUGCUACUUUACCAUCUACACCCUAUAAACCUUACCUGUUCAGAAUAAACGAUGCACUACGUAGAGAGAAUAGUGAAGCAUACGAACCAGAAAUAGUAGCAAUUGGUCCUUUUCACCGCGGCAAAGUUAAGCUACAAAUGAUGGAAGAACACAAACUAUUGUACCUGCAAGAGUUGCUUAAACGGAGAAAUGGGUUGAGUGUGGAUAUGUAUGUCAUAGCCAUGCAAGAAUUGGAACAAAAAGCUAGAAAGUGUUAUGCUGAACCCAUUAAAAUGAACAAGGAUGAGUUUGUGGAAAUGAUGCUACUUGAUGGGUCCUUUAUAAUCGAGUUAUUUCGCAAGUUCUCUUGUGAAGAACAGGAACAGAUAGAUGACCCUAUUUUUCAAGCAAGUGUCAUUUGGUUGAAUAUACGCCGUGAUCUUUUGUUAUUUGAGAAUCAACUUCCAUUCUUUGUCCUCUCCAAGUUAUUUGACAUGAGCAAAGAUUCAAACCAAGGAGGCCCACAAGAGAAUAUUUUAGUCUUAGCUCUCAAAUUUUUACUUCAAGCCAUUCCAGAUAUCUCGUAUUUCAAAACGCCUGAAACUCCAGAGAUCAAUGACAAUCAUCUUCUGAGCCUUGUACAUGGUAUCUGGUGUUCUAGAUUUGCUACAAUGGUGCCUUCUCGGAUUGAUGCAAACCAAGAAAGGGGAUGGAGUUUUAUAAAAUGUACAACAGGGCUUCGAGAAUCUGGGAUUAAAUUCGUGAAGGCUACAGAUAGUUUCUCGUUGUUUGAUAUAAAGUUCACAAAUGGAAUCGUGAAAAUUCCCAGACUGAAAAUUGUUGAUCGUACUGAGUGCCUCUUCAGAAAUAUGGUUGCAUACGAGCAAUACAAAGGAAAAACUAAGCCAGCUUAUGUGACUGACUACGUGAUUUUUAUAGAUCGCCUCAUCAACUCCCCAAUGGAUGUCAAAAUACUUGAUGAGUGUGGAGUUAUUGAUAACUGGUUAGGGAAUGAUAAAGCAGUUUCUUUCAUGGUUAACAAAAUGUCCAAUCAAGUCGGUCUAAAUCCUAAUAUGUUUAGUUAUGCGGAAGUUUUCAAUGACAUUAACGAGCAUUGUGGACGUACUUGCCAUACAUGGAUGGCCAAUUUAAACCACAAUUAUUUCAACAACCCAUGGUCUAGCAUUUCGGUCAUUGGUGCUUUUGUGUUGCUGGUACUCACCGGGAUACAAACUAUAUGCUCUAUCUUACAAAUCUAGUGUUAUGUCCAAUUUGAUUUACACGCCCACCCCUCUGUUUGUAAUAGAAUGUAUAAAGUUGUAAUUAUAAUUCAGUCAGCUUGUUGUUUUACAAAUGUUGAGUAGAAUUCAUGAUCAAUUUGAAUGUUUUUUCUAAGCCAUUGUAUGGAGCAAACUUCCUGGUUGGUUUCUAUUGAGUGGUAGACUAAGAAGAUAAAGGGAAAAAUUACACCUUGAUCCUCUCAACUAUGACCC